CUCGAUAUCUCGAGGUGAUUUAAGUAGCCUUCAGGUCAAGCCUCAAAGACCAGCCAGUAUUUUCGCUGAGCUGGGUUGUUGUUUACAUCCUGUAGCCGCUCUUCGUACGGACAUCCCGUGCGCGAGGGGAGCGGCAAAAAUUCUCACGUGAAGUUUUAUUGCCACCCAGUGACCACUUUCAUUGCCCAUCUUGUUUGCCCCUAGUAUCUACCGUACAAUCGUUGUGCACGCACGGAACCGAGAGCACAAGCAACUAGAUAAAACACACACACGAUGAAGGUAACGGUAACCACGCUCAGCGACGACAUCUUCGUCCUGGACGUGAUCGAGGAUAUGGAGCUGGAGAGUUUCAAGGCUCUUUGCGAGAUCGAGAGCAACGUACCAGUCCAUGAGAUGGUGAUCGCUUUCAAUGGUCUACCAUUGAUGAACGACAAGAAAUCGCUGAAGGAUCACGGGAUCCGUGACGGUGACGUGGUGAUUUUGCAGCACAUGCAUCAAAGCGGGGCCGAGUUGAACCUUCACCCGCUAAACGGAGCUAUUCCCAUGUUGGACUUCAGUUCCAUCAGAGUACCAGGAGCAUCCAGCAGUCGACAGCCAACAGCUUCCAGUAGCACUAUAGCCAGAAUGCAAAACCCUAGAAAGGAGGAUGAUCCAGAAAUAAUAAGAGACAUGUUUUUGGCUAAUCCAGAUCAACUAGCAUUGCUGAGCCAGAAUAAUCCCAAACUGGCUAGUGCCUUACUUUCUGGAAAUCUUGAGAGAUUUACAACUGUACUCAGAGAACAAAUAAAAUUAAGAGAAGAGCGUGAGGCACAAAGACUAAGAAUGAUGAAUGCAGAUCCAUUUGACACAGAAGCACAGAGGUUUAUUGCAGAGGAUAUUAGGCAAAAAAACAUUGAAGCAAACAUGGAAGCUGCAAUGGAGUAUAAUCCAGAGACAUUUGGAUCAGUUGUUAUGUUAUAUGUUAAUUGUAAAGUCAAUGGAUUCCCAGUUAAAGCAUUUAUUGAUACUGGUGCACAAUCAACUAUAAUGUCGGAUGCGUGUGCCGAACGAUGCCACAUAAUGCGAUUGGUAGACACAAGGUGGGCUGGAAUAGCACAUGGUGUUGGAACUCAACGCAUCAUUGGCCGUAUUCACAUGGUACAAAUUCAAAUUGGUAAUGAUCAUCUAACAACAUCAUUCACUGUCCUCGCGGAACAAAGCAUGGACAUGCUACUGGGUCUGGACAUGUUAAAGAGGCAUCAAUGUUGCAUAGAUUUGAAGAAAAACGUGCUCAAAAUUGGCACCACCGGUGCAGAGACGCCGUUUUUAGCAGAAGGGGAGCUGCCGGAAUGGCUAAGGUUAAGUGGUUAUAGCGAUGCAAGUAUUUACGACACAGAAGAUGAUAAAGAUGACAAGAGGGGAGGACCUCAAAGAGCACUGGAUUAUGGCUCCAGAGAUGCGAAGAAGCAACGUCGCCAGCAGGGGCAAGAAAGCAAUAGUUCAAGUGGGACAUCAAGCAGACUAGGCCCCAUAGAAACUACAGUCUUCCCCCACGACCCAUUCACAGAAGAAACAGUGAAAGAAAUCGAAUCUCUGGGAUUCAGCAGAGUACAGGUCAUCGCGGAACUGCGUAGAUUUAAUGGAGACAAAACUCAAGCCACCGAUGCGUUGUUCACGAAAUCCUUUAGACUAUAAAACAACAAGGAAAGAAAAGAGAAAUUGUGGAGGUUUCCAUGUUUGAACAGUAAAGAUAAGGGAAUGGAAAAUUUGUACUUGAAUUUUGGUAGCGAAUUUUCAUAUCGAUUAUUAUAAAAUCUGGAAACCACACUAUCGAACCUCAGCUCAAGCAAGCAUACUCACUGCUCGACAAUUAGCAUGAAAUCGUGUUUCGGAUUUUAUUUCGUCGAGCAGAUAUUUUGAUGUAUGUAUAGACAUCAUAUUUCAUUUAACUAAUAAGUGGCUACUUCAGAGUAAAGCUACAUAUAUCUUCUCCGAUUUUUGUAUUCUUUUUGCUAGAUAUACAGAAAUGAAAUGAAUCGAAUUUGGAAUUUCAA